UUCCCAUUCAUUCGAGAACUCUCGCGGGAAGGGAAGCGGGACAUGUGAGAAGGCCAUUUAUCUAUUUUAUCUGUUUUAUUAUGAUUUUAUUUAUCAAUGCCCCAGCCCAUUGCUGCGCUCGCUAAUUGUUCGAUGCUGAUUUGCGAGUGCACUUGCGGAUGCCGUGCACCACAAUCGCGAAGCUCGCGCCGCGUUGCCAAUUGCCCGAUCUUUUGAGCCGCUCCUCGUCAUUUUUGGUUCCCGGUGGAGGUUUCUGCAUGAAGUUUCGGUGCUCUGGUGGUGGACGAGUUGUCGGGGCGAUUUCGCUAAUAUGUGGGCGAUUCAUGUAGAGAUGCUCUGUUCAAGAACCGUGUUAUAGCGACUAUCUCGACAGGAAGCAGGAUCUUGCAGUGGUUCUUGAAGUCUCUCUGAAGACACUGGUCUAAUAUGAUCAUGCCCGAGUUGUCUCAGCGCUAUCGGAGAGAAGCACUUGGGAGAACUUCGCCGAAGAGGAUGACGAGUUAGACAUGAAGGGUACAAUAGGAGUAUGAAUGUUGAAAUCAAACAAUGGGAUCUCCCGACACAAUGGGGAGCUUGUAGAUAUGGGAGGCCCAUGCCGGAUUAUGGUUGGCAGGGAGGUCGGUAACACCAAUACCAAGGACCUUCCUCCUAUCGAUGACAAGGCAGCUGCAAAGAGCCUAUCUUUAUAUCAAAAGCCUUAUGAGCUGUAUCAAAGCAUUCGUCAACGUUUUGAAGAGCGGCCAGUCUUUCUUCAAAGAUGUCUCAAUUACAAAAUUCAAGCCUUGCGACAAAGGCGGUUGAAGGCAACAAUUCAGCUGAAGGGACCUCUCUACCUACCCUGCCUUUCUCAAUGGUACAAUCGCAGGGGGCAAGUGGAGCCUGGUUCAAGCACCGCAGCCACACAUCAGUAUUUACCUAUGUUUGUGAUGGUUUCCAGCCAGCCAAAUUCUCAACAAGAGAUGUUUUCAUUAAGUAAAGUCGUCAAGGUGGCAAAAGUACCUCUUCUUGAUGAUGGUGCGCUAAGUGCUUCAGUGACGUUUUUGGUACCAGACCUGGCGAAGCUGUGUGUACAAGCCAAGAAUGGCCAUCUUAUCCUUUUUUUCGCAUUUGUUGAUCCUGCUGAUUUAUUAAAUGCCGACACUGGGAAUAUGAAAGAUCUAGAGGAUUGCAGUGGUCGUGUGGUUUGGAGCAAGCUGAGCAUGGCAUCACUUUGUCGCCAAUGGCUAAAAAAUAUGAACGGGGGUCCGUCACUGAUAGGUCUUAAUGGUGUUCCUGUUGAGACUGUGUGUAGUCUGGACUUUGCCCAGAGCAAGCUGCAGCAUCAGGACACUGCACUUGGGCGCAUGGUCUGCAUGCAACCUCUUUGGGAGCUUUCAGUGCGAAGCGAGAUGAAACUGCAAGUGCACGCUCAUGCUGUUGAGAUUAGGCAUGCUCAUAUAAACGGCUGUACAUCAAAUGGAACGUCUCUCAAACGUAUUUCCUCCUCGCCCUCUCAGGCACUUAGAAAUCCCUUGGGCAAUGUGGAAUUCCAUUUUCGUUGGUACUUCAACCGAUUUGAGAAAAAAGAAGUGACGGAAGAAUUUUCAUGCCCAUUUUGCUCUGUACGAUGUUACACAUUUAAGGGUUUACGCUGUCACUUGAAAUGUUCACACGCUUUAUUCAAUUUUGAAUACCUGCGAACUGGAGACAUACCAGUUGUAAAUGUUACCGUUCGUACCGAAAUGCUGGGAUCUGAGGGUAAUAUCUUAGAUUCAGAUCCAGCUCUAAGGACAAAAAGUUGGAUGUUUUGGUCACGUAGGCCAUUUUCGAAGAUUUAUGGCAAUACAACAAAAGUCCACCCCUUACCUGGGGAUGGAGGCUACCUUCCUGGUCCCAUCAGUGAAGACCACUCCCAUGGAGUUACCAACACUGGUCCUGCAAAGUCAAGUAGUGACAAUUCGCAGAUGGUUCAGAAACAAGUCAUGAAGGGGGAAAGAAGGGAUGGAAGGUCACCUGGCCUCUCACCUUUAAAACGUCAGAGGCUUGAAGAAUGUGAUUUCGCUCAGAAGGAGAAUUCCAGAACUGGAGUCUGUGCUACAGCAUCGGCAGCCCCUGUUGAUGAAAUUAAUGCUCCAUUGACGACUGCCACCUCUAUUCGAUUGCGCCCUGAGAAGAAUCGACAUGGAGCAGCAGAACGUGCAGAAAGGGCCGAAGCUCGCAAUCGGCUGCUGCUUCAAAAGCGAACAUUUUUCCAUUCUCACACCGCCCAGCCAAUGGGUCUUGAGGAGCUGCUCUCUGACAGGGAUAGUGAAGAUGAACUGGAUGAGGAUCUGGCCACAGUUGAAGAUCGCCGGAUGCUUGAAGAUUUUGUGGACGUUACCUCGGAUGAGAAGGAUAUCAUGCAUCUGUGGAACUCAUUCGUGCGAAAGCAGAAAUUGUUUGCAGAUGGUCACUGCUCAUGGGCCUGUGAAACGUUUUCUGUGCUUCAUGCGUCAAGAUUCUCAAGCAAACCGUCAUUAAGGAGGUGUUUCAUGCUGUUUCUUAUUAAACUUUGGAACCAUCAUCUUGUGGAUGGAGCCACAGUGGACAAAUGCCUCAGAGUGGUUGACUCGUACGCGGAGGCAACCAAACCGCAGAUGGAAAGAGCCAUAGACAAUAACGGUUAAUGGAUUUGGGAGUUUUGUGCUGUUUUCUAGACAAUAAAUUCUGUUAUCACCUUUAGCGUCAAUUUUCAUUUGUAUUUGCGAGAAAUGAUCUCGUGCGGAUCUUUCUUCUCCUUCAGAGAUGGAAAUAUAGGUUCAAAUAGAUCGAUACGUCCUAGGUGCAGAACUUCUGAUUUCGUUCUCAGGAUUAGGGUUAGAUUCAGGGUAGCACUGAUUUUAAGACCAAUACCAUUGAUGUUGAUGUGGGGGCCGUCCCAAGGGUCUCUUUGUUCAGCGAUAUUUUUUGCCGGUUGUGAGGAGCAAGGAAGCACCAUUCUUUCAAGUAAAAGCUUUUUACAUUCUUUGGACGACGUGGUUCAAUAACACUUUUACAGUGCCAAAAGCUUUUCCAGUCUUU